UCUUCACGCACUACUCCGGCGACGUCGCCUCCGUGGUGGACGAGCACUUCAGCCGCGCGCUCUCCUACGCCGAGGGCAAGCCCGGCUCGGCGCAGCUCAAGGAGUCGUCGCCGAUGUCCGCGCGCAACUUCCCGCCCUCCUUCUGGAACAGCAACUACCAGGCCGGCGGCGCGGGCGGCGGGGGCGUGGCGCACCACUCGGCCGACCUGUACGCCGACCCCUACCACCACGCGGCGCACGGCGGCGGCGGCGACCCCUGGCACUCGCACUACCAGCAGUACAGCGCCGCCGUCUCCUCGCACCACCACCACAGUUUUGGUCAGUAUUUUCAGUCAAAUAUUUUGAAACUUAGUUUUCUUAAUGAAGUGUUUUUGACUACUCGAUGA